ACCGCCACAACCUCCCCUUCUCCGGGCCCCGGCCCCCGCCACAACCUCCCCUUCUCCAGCCCCCACCCCCAUCAUGACCCAGUCCCCGGAGCGCGAAGGCCCCCUGCUACAGCUCCAGAAGGUGGACUCCAGCCAGGCCCGCGACCUCUCCCCGACGACCUUCAGCCAGGCGGGCCGCGACCUCUCCCCGACCUUCAGCAACCAGGACUGCAACCUCUCCCCGACCUUCAGCCAGGCGGGCCGCGACCUCUCCCCGACAACCUUCAACCAGGCGGGCCGCAACCUCUCCCCGACGACCUUCAGCCAGUCGGCCCGCAACAUCUCCCCGACCUUCAGCCAGGCCCCCGACCUCUCCCCGUCCUUCGGUACCCCGUCCCCCUCGGCCUUGCCUCCCCCGCCCCCACCCCCGGCCCUGGAGAGCCAGCCCAUCUGCAUCCCGUCGCCCUACACCGACCUGGGCCACGACUUUGGCGCGCUGCCCUUCUAUAGCCCCGGCCUGGUGGGCUACGGCGGGCCGCCCAUCGCCGACUGCCCGCCGCCCGUGCGCCAGUCGCUCAGCCCCACCACGCUCUUCUGGCCCUCCGGCCCGCUGCCGCCGUCCAUGCACCACGCAGCAGCAGGAGGAGGAGGAGGAGGAGGUGGAGGGCACCACCACCACCACCAUCACCACCACCCCCACCACGGGCAGCAUGUGUCCCCACUCUCUGCCGCGGCCCACCGGUCGCAGGGGCGUCUGCAGCACGAGCAGCCUGCCCACAGAGCCUGGACGGAGCUCAAUGAGGAUAACCGCAAGCCGUCAUUGGGAAGGCGAGGCCUGGGUGAGGAGCGUGGCUCGGCGGGGGGCAAGGCAGACAUGCACUACUGCGCGGUGUGCAGCGACUACGCCUCCGGGUACCACUAUGGCGUCUGGUCCUGCGAGGGAUGCAAGGCCUUCUUCAAGAGGAGCAUCCAAGGGCACAACGAUUACAUUUGCCCGGCAACCAACCAGUGCACCAUUGACAAGAACCGCCGCAAGAGUUGCCAAGCCUGCCGCCUGCGCAAGUGCUACGAAGUGGGCAUGAUGAAGUGUGGCAUGCGACGGGAGCGCAGCACCUACAGCCGGGGCUCCAGUGGCGGUGGGCAGCCCCGGAGGGUGUCUCGCCUGUCCACCCUGCCCAGCUCCAGUGCCCAACGGCGGGCAGGCGGCAGCGGCGGCGGCGGCAACGGCAGCAGCAACGGCCACGGGGGGAUCGGGGACGAGGAGGAGGCCCUGCGGAGGGCCACGGCCGCGGUGGCCGCAGCGGUGGCCAGGGACCAGUCUGCCGGGAUGCUGUCCCCGGAGCAGCUGAUCUCGUGCAUCCUGGACGCCGAGCCGCCCGACAUCUACCUCAUGCGGGACAUGAAGAAGCCCUUCACCGAGGCCAACAUCAUGAUGAGCCUCACCAACCUGGCCGACAAGGAGCUGGUCUACAUGAUCAGCUGGGCCAAGAAGAUACCUGGCUUCGUGGAGCUGGGUCUUCUGGACCAGGUGCACCUGCUGGAGUGCUGCUGGCUGGAGGUGCUGAUGCUGGGUCUGAUGUGGAGGAGUGUGGACCAGCCCGGCCGGCUCAUCUUCUCCCCAGACCUCAUCCUCACCAGGGCUGAGAGCAGCUGUGUGCAGGGCUUCAUGGAGAUCUUUGACAUGUUGCUGGCAGCCACCGCGCGCUUCAGGGAACUCCGGCUGCAGAAGGAGGAGUACGUCUGCCUCAAGGCCAUGAUCCUGCUCAACUCCAACAUGAGCCUGAGUUCCUCGGAGGGGGGUGACAGUGAGUUCCACAGCCACUCCAAGCUGCUGCAGCUGCUGGACGCGGUGACGGACGCGCUGGUCUGGGCCAUCGCCAAGGGAGGGGGCAGCUUCCAGCAGCAGUUCAAACGCCUGGCUCACCUGCUCAUGCUGCUGUCCCACAUACGCCACCUGAGUAACAAAGGCAUGGACCACCUGCACAGCAUGAAGAUGAAGAAGAUGGUUCCCGUGUACGACCUGCUCCUGGAGAUGCUGGAUGCCCACGUCAUGCACAGCUCCCGCCUGCCCCUCUCCUGCCAGCAGGACAGCCCCCUGGGGGGACACCCCCACCCCAGGGAUGAGGCCCAGUCCGACGCACCCCUCCCUCUCCCUCUCCCCGGGCCCAGGCCCUGCAGACCCCCCUGGGGCCAGCCUCUGCUGGACAACUACAGAGAUCCCACAGACCUUGCCCUGAAGACUGACUUAUCGUAGAAUGGCAAAUGAGAUGAAGGACUCAAGCACGGGCUUCAUGAACGCUGAUCCCUUGCAUCCUAUGUACCUACGCGCAGCUAAGGUCUGCCUAACCUGUGUGCCAAACAGGAUUUGAGCUUAGCCACUGGACCACUGACGUUUUGGACUGACUGCACUUCUUGUUUGAAACUCUAAUCUCAGGAAACUGGGUCCAGUGAAUCUUGAAAGACUUUUUUUUUUAAGGGACAGACAUCUGGACCUAGAGAAAACGAAAAAAAAAAAAGAAGAAAUCCUGGAGAACAUUCCGGUAGUGGAAUUCCACUGAAUGCAACAGUGUUUUUAUUUGUUGUCAAUUUUUUGCUAAUUUGUUAUUUUUUUCUGAUCCUUGUAAUAUGGUGGAAGAAAAAGAAGAUAAAAAAACACACACAAGGGCAUAUGAGUGCCUUCUUUGUUCUUUUUUUCCUCUAAAAUGUCUUAAAAGCUACGCAUGUGAGCAAUGCCUUCUGCACACUACUUUAGGACCCGUGCCUGCCAUGCACAAACCAGUAAAGCUCGCCACCAAGUUAGACAAUUCACAUUCAUGUAAAACUACCUUUAAUCAAGCAGUGGACAAAGCUCAGCCACACAUGGUGUAAACACACAAACACACACACACACGCACACACACACACACACGCGCGCGCGCGCAUGGAUGCAAGCACAUGCGCACAGUCACACACACAGACACACAAACCAGACUUUAAAUCAAUAACACACCCUUGAGUGACAGUUAUGCUAAAAGUAUUCGGACGGAUAGGCCCAUGAGAUCUGUGAGCUAUUUUCAACUUUUAAUUUCACAGCAGGUGCACAGGAUUCACAGUUCCAGUGAAAAAAAAAGACAGAUAAAAGAAGAGAUUGCAACAGUGCACACGGCAAAAAAACACACAAAACCAAAAUGUUUCUGAGUAUCUGUGUCAGUAAUGAGCCCAUCUGUGAAGACUAGGGAGAAUAUGGGAGAAAAGUUGGUAACACUUUACUUGACACCGGCGUCAGAGGGAGUAGAGAGAGAGAGGUUCCAUUGGCCCAUUGUUUCCGGGUUCUAUUAUUGGGGGGGAAAUCCCCCUUUAGGCAGACCUAGGCAGACCUGAGGACUCAAUGCUAGGAGCAUUAUGACACGCCCCUUUAGGCAGACCGGAACCUGGUCAUGUUAGGUGCCCAUAGAAACCUAUUAUGUUGGCAUAUCUCUAUAUUUAAAGAAUCUCUGCCGGCGUCAUUCAUAUGACAUAACCGUGUCAUAAUAGUGUAAUGAAUGAGUCAUAAACACAAUGCUAAUGUCAUAAACGUUUUAUGGCCAUGAAAAGUUGACAUUGUUAGGCCUGUCUUAGUCACAACCGAUUUUCACUGAAAGACAAAGUUAUACAAUGUUUAUUACAUUGACAUAAUGUUAAUGACACAUGCAUGACUGCAUUAUGACAAUGUUAUGACACCGUUAUGACACGCCUAUGACGCCGACGUCAAGUAAAGUGUUACCGAAAAGUUUAAGUUCACGUGUUCCACUUCAGUGCUGUGGUCAUUUGGUCAUUAGCGAAUGUUGUUGUUGUUUAGUAAGUCCAACUUCGUAAUCUAUCCAGUUUCACCACUUCUCCAUCCAUCAUCAAACAUUUUUUAUCAGUGAAAAUUUGCACUUUUGUUAUCUGAAGCUUGUGUUUCGCCUGUUGGAGCCUGAUUUAGUGCUCACCUUUCAAAUUCACAUACCAGUUUCUAUAUAUAUAUUUAAAAAAAAGAUCCUGACACCAGCUCACCCAGGGACAUGCCGCAUGCGUGUCAGUUCAUCAGUAUUACUGUACCCCAGCAGCACCUUCCAUGAAUCAUAUGGGAGAAGAAAAGACUUCAAAACACAUGAAUUACAGAUUAGAGUAGCCCAGAUAACCAACAACCGAUGGAGUACUGGGAGACUGGGCCAGGGAGGGAGUGGGGUGAAAGAGAGAGAGAGAGAGAGAGAGAGAGAGAGAGAGAGAGAGAGAGAGAGAGAGAGAGAGAGAGAGAGAGAGAGAGAGAGAGAGAGAGAGAGACAGACAGACAGACAGACAGACAGACAGACAGAGAGACAGACAGAGCAAGAGAGCAGGAGUGCACAGCAUGUGCGUGAGUUUCAGGGGAGAGAGAAACGCCUCUUUUCCACUGCCAGUUUUCUGGUAGGCCUACAGCUUGGCAAAGCAUGACUCGGCCACCACUUUUUGCUUUUCGAAUAGGCGC